UCUCCCGAUCGAACUCUAUCGUCCGACUUCGAUUCCAUCAUAAUUGCGCACGCUAUCUGUCGGGCACGUACAACAUCUCGAACAAGCUCGCGCAAACCGAGUCCAACCAACUACACUACCGAAGCUCUAGCUAUCAUCCGAUAAGCAAACAACCACCAAAAUGUCGGGCGAGGCGUGGCUAUACCUGUUUGCGGUGCUUAUAAACGCCGUCAACCUCUUCCUUCAAGUCUUCUUCACCAUCAUGUACAGCGAUCUGGAAUGCGAUUACAUCAACCCUAUUGACCUCUGCAACCGCCUCAACACCUACAUCAUCCCCGAAGUCGCCGUCCACGGUUUCCUCACCUUCCUCUUCCUUAUCAACGGUUACUGGCUGCCUCUCGUACUCAACGUGCCCCUUGUCGCCUGGAACGUCAAGAAGAUCGUUGACAACGCCCAUCUCCUGGACGCCACUGAGAUCUUCCGCAAGCUUAACGUUCACAAGAAGGAAUCUUUCACCAAGCUCGGCUUCCACCUCAUUCUGUUCUUCUUCUACUUGUACAGCAUGAUUGUGGCCCUCAUCAGAGACGAGGCCCACUAGGAAACGGCCGUCGCUCGCUAAGCUGAACUGGACUUCUCGUUUCACACGAUACCGCAACGAGGUCUCUCGGAUUCGGGCGCAGAGUUCUCUUAUCGGAGCUCGUGCUCGCAUCUCCACCACCAUUAUCUUUCUCGAAAGUACAUAACGGCGAUGGGCACACUGGUACUCAGUGCCUCAAACACACACAAAAAUCAUAUACAGAACAACCACAGGCAAGCAAGCAGGCAGGCAGGAUCCUCGGCGACGGGUAUUUGCAAAAGGACGGAAACGGUUCAUGAGCGGAACACACGAAGACGACUUGAUAGAUGGAAUGGGAUGGCAUGAAGCUAUGAAGAGAUGGCGGGAAUGAUUUUUAUUU